AUGGCUACCCCCAAGGCAGGAACCCUUGCGCUCGCCGUGUGGUUCAUGGUCUUGGCUGCCGGUAAGAAAAGACUCUCCCACCUUUCAUCAGCGUCUGAUUAUUAUUCUUACUCCUUUCUCCGCUCUCUCCUUUCCCUUGGCAGCUCUCUCCCUGUAUGAUCUUGGAUUUCUAUUUUCAUUCUAUUUAUGCUGGCUUGUCCGCGUAACCCCUCACAUGUUCUACUAGCUUACCUCACUCAGGUUUGUUCUUCUUCUUAUUCCUCAUCCUGGUGAGAAGGUGGGGAGUGGGUGGACUACCCGUCUGGCCUCGGGUGUUGCAGCAACAUCCAGGUGGAGAGGUGCGAUCCGUCGAGCUCCAACGCAAACGCUGCCUGCCGUGACGUAUGCCACUACAGUGGCUGCAGGAAAGGUGGCCUCUGCAUGGAUGGUGCUCCCCGCUUCGGCCGCUUCUGCCAUUGCAACUGCUGA